UUCCGACAAGAACGGUUUACUGGAAUUUUGGAGGAACAUCCUUGUCCGAACCGACCAAUGGAGGCGCGGCAGCCACACACUUCUCUUUUCGUGUCAGCGUAGAUCAACGGCCAGACCGCGAUCAGCAGCAUUGCGAAUCACUUCGAGGAGAGAGGGCGUAUCGAACGUGAAAGGGCGCUCAUAAAAUCACCUACGCAUUUGUGACAAACGCGAGGAAGACGUCCAGUACAACAAACAUGAUCCUUGACAGGUGUGAUGUUGCCGUGAACCGGGACUGUGAAAUUAUGACCAGUCCCCUCAAUUUCCAUUCUUUCUACUGCAAUUCUUCCCCGGUGCACGAGCCCGCGUGCUUCAGCGAGAAUCCACAACCCUGGUCCCCGAAUUCCGACUCUGGAACUUCUUGGAACAGUGUGGCAAGCCCGACUCAAACCAGCAGCAAUCCGAACAACAUCAGCGGUGAGUCUUGUGUGGGGAGCGCGAGGCACACGCGGUAUUUGGGCGUGCGCGUGAAGAAUCCGGUUAAGGAACUUAUUUUACAGAAACGUUGUAGCCAUGCGUCCUUGAGCCCCCGCAACGACAACAAACAGGUUUUCGAGAACUUUGAAACGCGUGAUCAUUGUCCAGCCCUGACUGCUGCUCUGCUUGGUGUAAAGCGGGCUGCUAACCACUUAGCCCCAGACCCUGUGUGCCCCAAGAGACCGGCCCCUCUGUACAGCAGCCUGCAGCACAGCCCUUGUUCACUGGCUGGUGGAGGCAGCACCAUGAAGGGGGAGGGGCCAGACUGUGAAACCCGCCUGGAGAUCGAUGACAUCAUUCAGCAGAUAAGGCACUGUGCCCCCGUUUCCCUAACAACGGUGCAGGUGCAGGGCUCCCUCUCGCAGACGGCGCCCCCGUGGCCCGACCUCCCACCCAAGGUCACGAACUGCACCCUCCCGCAGCCCCCGCAGCCCCUCCCCCCCGUGGGGGGCGUGUCCUUCUUCCAGUGGCAGGUGGAGCAGGAGGACGAGAGGCUGGCGGGACUCGACCCCAACCAGCUGGCGGUGCGGGACGAGGACGGGGACACGUUCCUGCAUGUUGCCGUGGCGCAGGGGCGACGGGCUCUGUCCUAUGUGCUUGCCAGGAAGAUGGCCUCCCUGGGUCUGCUGGACCUGAAGGAGCACAAUGGCCAGACUGCCCUGCAGGUGAGCAUGGCGGCCAAUCAGCACCUGAUAGUGCAGGACCUGCUGAGCAUGGGGGCGCAGAUCAACACAAUGGACCGCUGGGGGCGCUCUCCACUGCACGUGUGCGCCGAGAAGGGCCACGCCCAAACGCUGCAGGCUGUCCACAAGACCCUGCAGAGCACCAUACACCAACUCAACAUGGAAGCCGUCAACUACGAGGGCCUUACAGCACUGCAUACCGCAGUGCUAUCCCACAAUGCCGUGUUGCAGGAGCUCGCUGUGGCCCCGCCCCAUUCUGCUCAGACACAGGCCCUGUUGCAGAGGAGGAAAGCGCUGGGGGAGUGUGUGAGCACGCUCCUGCUCAUGGGCGCCUCCUACAGGACCAAGGACCAUAAAAGCGGUCGCACCGCGCUGCACAUGGCUGCAGAGGAAGCUAACGUGGAGCUCUUACGUCUCUUCUUGGACCAGCCCGAUUCGCUGGCCGCUGUGAACGCCAAGGCGUACAGCGGGAACACGGCCUUGCACCUGGUCAGCGCUCUGCAGGGGCGUGUCACGCAGGUGGACGCUGUGAAACUGCUCAUGAGACGGGGGGCCGACCCCAGCAUCAAGAACCUGGAGAACGAGCAGCCGGCACAGCUGGUGCCCGAGGGACCUGCCGGGGACCAGGUGCGGCGGAUCCUGAAGGGAAGAGGAGGGCCGGCCCGCUCCAGCCUGUUUUAAGACCCGUCCUUUUAGAACCACUGCCAGUUAGGCAGUCAGACAUGUUGUAAAUGCUUGUUUGCUGGUAUAAAGCAAAUGUCCGUUGUUUCUAUGAAACAGAAUAUCAACGUUCACUACAGAGUAGUGGAACUUAUGGGGGGGGGGGGGUUGCCAGGGUUAUGUUAGGACAUUAUUUUCACAUGAUUCACUGAUCGAUACCUUUGGUUUAAUGAUUGUAAAAUAUUAACUCACUUCUGUAAAAUAAUUAACCGAUGAGUUUUACUGCUACAUUCACAUUCAGCCUAGACUUUGACCAUUGAGGCUUGUUUGAGCUGUGCUUCUGGAGCUGAUUCAGCCACGGUCAGAGGUAAUUGUACAGGUGGCUGUAUCAUAUUUGGUAAAGCAGUUAAUAGGUAUUUGUGAUGAGCAUCUAGUAAGUAUCAAUAUGAAAACUUAAGUUGUUUGCAUGUGUUUAGACGUCUGUGGAACUCUGCAGAACAGGAACCGUGGAACUCUGUGCAAACAUAGAUUGUGGCGUCAUUGUUGUUGGAAAGUUAAUCCAGCUGUGACCUUGCCCUGCAGAUAAAGACUUUUUCAGCCAAUCACAGUGCAGUUUCCCCGCCAAACCCAGCUCACACUGCUUGUUGCUCGGAGCUGUCACAGCGUUCAGGUUUUUGAUUAACCGCGGAUGAGGAAGUAAAAUGUGUUGUUCUGAAAAGGGUGGUUUGGAGAAUGUAUUGUGGGCACUGGUAAGGUUGGGGGAGGAGGUGCUGAAGAGCCAUGUCUCUAACCUGUAGAAGCACUUCAGCUUCAAGGACAGGUAUUAGGAAGGCAUGUUAUCACGAAGACCUUUCUCUUGUCAUGAUAGCACCAAGAAAGUACUAGAAGAAAUUAAUUUCAUACUGUUUAUAUAAUGUGUACUCAUAUUUUGCUCUUUAAGCUUCAUUGCAGUUGUGAAUUUGUUUGGAUCUGUUUAGCUAUAGCCAUGUACAGUAUGUCAGGUAAAGUGUGGGGAGAGUUUGUUUUGCUUGGGCAGUAGGAAGCAACAUUGGCCUCGCUGAGAAUGUGCUGCUCAGUGGAAACUCUGCAGACCGACGAUUCUCUGCCCUCUCUAGAUGGAGGUCGUAGCUAUAAAGGCUGGGAUUGGUUUUAUCUUCACUUAUAGCAGUUAAUUGUAUGAUUAUGAUUUUGAAAUGUGUGCUUACUUCUUGUGAAACAAAAUUAAAUAAAUAAAACAAAGCUAUGUGGGAA